AGUUYUGAACAAUCGGAAGUCAAAAAGUACUGUCUUUUCCCAAUUUGAAGUCACCUGAGGUUGUUAUGUUCAUUGAUAACAGAUUGGUGACUUAUUAAUAUUAUUAAUAGUCAGGGAUUUUUGGAUCUCCAAGGAGAAACGGACUGAGCUGUCUCUCACCGCAUUCGUUUGCAAACAAUAAAUGAUAAUACAGUUGUGGCAAAUCUACUCACCCUACCCCCUGAUAGUAUCACAAAAUGAUGACUGAAUUAGUUCUCCAUGAGGCAGCAUCAACAGGUGACUAUCAGGACCUACAGACAAUGCUAAUGCUAGGCCAUAUCGAYCCUAAYUAUAUGGAUGAAGACUUUGGUGAUAGGACAGCUUUGCAUUGGGCUUCCUCCAAAGGACACGCUAAAUGCGUCAAGCUUCUUCUAGAAUAUGGGGCAGACCCGACCGCGAAGAUGGUCGGGGGCUGGACAGCAGCUCACUGCGCAGCCGAGACAGGUAGAUUUAAYGUCCUGAAGAUUUUGGUCGAAAACAACGCACCCGUUACCUUACCUGAUAAUUCAGGUGAUACUCCAAGACGAGUGGCUGAGAUUUACGGACAUACAACAUGCGUCGAGUUACUCAAAAGUGCUGAAGACUCAGGUGAUCAGCGUAAACACGAAGUAAAAGAUAAAUUCCGUGAACAAACAAGAAAAAUAUCCAAAAUGCUUGGAGAAAAUCGUAAAGCAUUGGAGAAAACGUAACAGUUCAGUCGAUUAGCGCUUACGAAGCUAAGAAGAGUGUUUUCAUGCCAAGAUAUCAGUCCUCGAUAGUAGCUAGUAGUGGGAACAAGCGGCAGCUUCACCAGUUAUAUACACCACAAGACUCCACUUCUCAGCCCAGAGGAGUGAACUUUCUCCCAGUUGAAUUAGUUAUUUCAGAAAUAGCUGUCAAAAUGUGCCAUUCAAUGGCCAGUAAUUCCUCGGAUACAAAGCACUGCAAACCACAACAACCUAAAGCUAUUUGUACAUUCGCCGGUUUUUCUGGACACUUUUUCGAGUUACAUAUACGUGCACUUUACAAAGAAAUAAAGAAACAAGGCAACUGAGAAAAAGACGCUGAAUUAAAGUACUUUUAAUAUUAAAAUAUUGUCGAGCUUGUAGUUUGACCAUGCAAUUCUCGUAUAUGAAUUAGAACUUUUAUUUUACAUCCAAUGGAUCAAAAUGGUCGGCUUAUAUACAAUUGUACUAUUUACAGAUCUCAAAGAGACUCAAGUAAUACGUGAAAUUGCGUAACUGUAGUGUUAAUUGUAGUGUCACGAGCUGCGUGACACUCUCCUUGUCUUAAUAAUUGGCACCUUCGAUCAGUGAAAUCGUGUAUUGGUACAAUAGUGACAUCCUCGGRAACCAAGGGGCUGUUAGUGGGGGCCGAGUGAGAUUGGAGCGAAGCCCCACUAAAAAUCCCUUGGRUUCCCGAGGAUGGCUUGGGGAAUGUCGUUGCCGAUGUAUUUUAUGAACCAUACCUUCGUGUACUAAGGUUAAUGAAACGUGUUUACUCAUAGCCUGAAAAAAUGAUAUUUUUGGAUUCUAACCUUCGCUCUAUUACYUUGCUGAUAAACUAAAUUAAUGAUCGAUUCAGAUUUCUUCAUUCUUCCAWGGGUAUUCCUUAUCAAAUCGUUAUUUCAAAGAUCGGGUCAUCAAUGCAGACGAUUGUCUGGUAAAAACUCCAGAUUGCAUUGGGGUCAACCAUGCAGUUCUUGUACUAUUAGUACGCUUUUUGAUUUCACAUUAAAAUGUACAACUUUAGGGUAWGGGUUAACGCAAAUUCAACACAAAUGAUGCGCCAUACUAAUUAAUUUGCACUUGCGACAUACGUGAUUUAAACUUUAAUUGUAAAAUUUUUUCAAAGAAGUUUCUGUCAUCGAAGUCUUAUUUUAUGGUAGACUGAUCGAGAUUUCAACGAU